AAGCGUCAACAUCAACAUCAACAUAAACCCGAAAGCACCGUCAAAGAUGGCGAAGCACAAGAAGAAGGAGAAGAAGCACAAGAAGAAGACCAAGCACCAUCACCGCCAUCGCCACUCGUCCUCGGAUGACGGCAGCGAUCGUCGGUCGUCAUCAGGGUCAUCGUCGUCCUCUUCCGACUCUGAUGCACCCGAGGAGCGGUUGGCGGAGGACGACUACUACCGGAAGAACGCCGAGUUCCGCCACUGGCUCAAACACAAGAAGCACAAGACCCUCGACGACUACUCCUACGACAAGCGCAGAAAGUACUUCAAGAAGUUUGUAAAGUACUGGAACCACGGGCGCCUAUCACAGAAGUACUACGAUGGCGGGUUUGCACCCGGCACAGGCUCCAGCUCGGGCGAAUACAAGUGGAAGGUGAUGGAUGAGCUGGUGCCACGGGAGACGGGUCGCGAUGCGCGGAUCAGCAAACGAAAGGGCGCAAACGAAGCAAGACGCGCGCGGGCCGUCAGUCCAGACCCCGACGACGCCACGCUCAUGGGUAACGACCAGUUCAAGGCAUACAUGCAGCGCCGCAAGUACCAGCAGGAGAGGGAGAGGUGA